AUGUCUACGGCGUAUACCAAAGAAAAAAAGGUAGGAGAAGGUACAUAUGCCGUUGUUUACUUGGGGAAACAGAUUGCUACCGGUCGAAAUAUAGCCAUCAAAGAAAUUAAAACCGGUGCCUUCAAAGAUGGGCUCGAUAUGUCAGCCAUCAGAGAGAUGAAGUAUCUCCAGGAGUUGAAGCACCAAAACAUCAUUGAACUGGUGGACGUUUUUGCAGACAAGGAGAAAAACCUCAAUCUGAUUCUGGAGUUUCUCCCCUCGGAUCUCGAGAUGAUCAUCAACGAUAAAAAGUUGAUGAUUGUGCCAGCUGACAUAAAAUCCUGGAUGCUGAUGACCUUGCGAGGGUUGCACCAUUGCCACAGAAACGGAAUACUCCAUCGCGAUCUGAAGCCAAACAAUUUACUAAUCUCGCCCGAAGGAUACGUGAAAAUAGCCGAUUUUGGUCUUGCGAGGUCUCUUGGGAUGCCUAAUGAGAAACUCACCUCUAACGUGGUCACAAGAUGGUACAGAGGGCCAGAACUUCUCUUUGGAGCCCAACAUUACUCCCCGGCAGUGGACAUCUGGGCUGUUGGGAUUAUAUUCGCCGAAUUGAUGCUGAGAACGCCGUAUUUACCGGGGAAGGAUGACGCAGACCAGCUAGUUGUCACUUUCCAGGCCUUAGGAACUCCAACCGAAGAAAAGUGGCCGGGUGUGUCCCACCUUCCGAACUAUAACAAUCUCACAGUUUAUCCAGAGCCUUCACGACAGGAACUGAGAAACAGAUUCCCGGCCGCUACAGAGUCCGCGCUGGACCUGAUGUGCGGUAUGCUAGCAUUGAACCCAAACAACAGACUCGAUACAGAGGCUUGUCUUUUGCAUGGCUAUUUCAAAGAGUUGCCAGAGCCUACUGAGCCAGAAAAUCUACCGAAAAAAUCUUAA